AUGUUUUGGGGUAAAUCAGUUUCCUUUACGCCGAAAACGGACAUCCCCUCGCUUGAGGGCAAGGUCAUCCUCGUCACUGGAGGCGGGAACGGGAUCGGCAAGCAGUGCAUUCUCGAGUUUGCGCGCCACAGUCCAUCACGCAUCUGGCUGGCAGCCCGGAAUCUGGAAAAGGCGCGCGAGGCGGUCGGGGACAUCCAGAAGGAGGUCCCGGACGCGGCCAUCGAGGUGGUGGAGCUCGAUCUCACCUCGCUUGAGUCGGUCAAGGCGGCCGCGGCGCGGGUGUUGGCCGAGUCUGACCGCUUGGAUGUCCUGCUCCUCAACGCGGGCGUCAUGGCCAUCCCGGCGGCGGUGACAAAGGACGGCUACGAGGUGCAGUUUGGUACGAAUCAUGUCGGUCACGCGCUCUUGACCAAGCUCCUCGUCCCGCUUCUUGACAAGACGGCCAAGGGUCCCGGCUCGGACUUUGACUCGCUCAAAACCACGGGCGAGGAAAUGUUCACCUACGCCCGGUACGGCCAGAGCAAGCUGGCCAACAUUCUCUUCAUCCGCCAGCUCGCCAAGGAGUACCCCCAGUUCACCGCGGCCGCGGUCCAUCCCGGCGUCGUGAAUACGAACCUUUUCCACGCCGCCACCGACACGCCUGCCAUCUUGAGGAUCUUCCUGCCUCUCACCAGCUAUGUUUUGACCACCAUCGAGACCGGGGCCAAGAAUUCUCUCUGGGCAUCCGUCGCCGAGGGCGUCAAGAGCGGGGAGUAUUACGAGCCUGUCGGCAUUCCAGGCAAGGCCAGCGCGUACGGCAAGAACGAUGAGCUGGCAAAAAGUUCUGAAAAGCCCACAGUGCAUGAGCCUAUAGUUAGAAAACUACACGUCCGAGUAAAGAAGACCCCUUAUGUCAAGGACUCUUUGAUCGGCCAGUCUACAUUCAUCACCUUGUCGGAUGCCCCCGAGAGCAAGCCGUGUCGGGGCCUUUGGGUUAUCCCCACUUCUAGCCGAUAA